UUGCGGGUAAAGCUCCUUCGAGGAAGUCGGUGCCAGUAGUUGAAAAUAAUGGGAAAUUCGAUGGUAAAAGAGAAAUGGUGACGCCAGUGAUCAGAGCAAACUUACAAAAACAGGGAUACAAAAUCAUUGGUUCACACAGUGGUGUUAAAAUUUGUAGAUGGACCAAGUCACAACUUCGAGGUCGAGGUGGUUGCUACAAGCACUCAUUUUAUGGCAUAGAGAGUCAUAGGUGCAUGGAGGCAACACCUAGUUUGGCAUGUGCAAAUAAAUGUGUUUUCUGCUGGAGGCAUCACACAAAUCCAGUAGGGAAGAGUUGGCAGUGGAAGAUGGAUGAUCCAAUAGAAAUUGUAAAUUCUGCAAUAGACCUACAUACUAAUAUGAUUAAGCAAAUGAAAGGAGUCCCUGGAGUCACCUUGGAGCGAUUAUCUGAAGGUCUCUCUCCUCGACAUUGUGCAUUAUCACUUGUUGGAGAACCUAUCAUGUAUCCAGAGAUCAAUUCACUUAUAGAUGAGCUUCAUAGACGGCGGAUUUCUACAUUUCUAGUGACAAAUGCACAGUUUCCAGAGAAGAUUAAGUUUCUAAAGCCUGUCACCCAGUUAUAUGUUAGUGUAGAUGCUGCUACAAAGGAUGCUUUGAAGGCAAUAGAUAGGCCACUUUUUGGAGAUUUCUGGGAGCGAUUCAUGGAUUCCUUGACUGCUUUAAAGGAGAAAGAGCAGCGAACUGUUUAUCGUUUGACCCUGGUUAAAGGUUGGAAUACAGAUGAUGUGGAUGCUUAUUCUAAACUCUUUAGUAUAGGAAAACCUGACUUUGUAGAAAUUAAGGGAGUCACAUAUUGCGGCUCGUCUGCUACAUCAAAAUUGACUAUGGAAAAUGUUCCCUGGCAUACUGAUGUGAAAGCUUUCUCAGAGGCAUUGGCUCUGAAAAGCCAAGGGGAGUAUGAAGUUGCCUGUGAGCAUGCUCACUCGUGUUGUGUCCUCUUGGCGAAAACUGAGAAAUUCAAGAUUGAUGGCCAAUGGUACACAUGGAUAGACUAUGAGAAAUUUCAUGACCUGGUGGCUUCUGGAAGAAGUUUUAACAGCAGGGAUUACAUGGCUGCCACGCCACCCUGGGCUGUCUAUGGAGCCGAGGAAGGUGGAUUUGAUCCUGGACAAUUGAGAUAUAGGAAGGAGCGACAUCAUAAAUCAAGCCGAUGAUCAUUCAGGUCAGAGAUACAAGAAACUUGGGCCAGCAACCUCUGUUUCCCACCCUUUUAUCUUUUUAUUUUUUAGAAGUUUCAUUACCAAAGCAUAACUCAGUUGCUUAUACUAGAGGACGUCAUCUUAAUACAUGGCUUUGCACUUGGGAUUAACCAUUGCAAUGUAAUUUAUCCCAUCCCACCUUUCUGGUUUUCCCCUAUUCAAGGAAGUUGAAGGUAGCACUUCUUGUUUCCCAACUCUUCAACUACUCUAAAGAUCACGACGGUGAACAUUUAGUUGUAGAAUUGGGAAGCGUGCCUUAUCGCAAAGUUCCGUUUGGUUGGUGCAAGGCAUGUGAAUUCCUUAAAAAUUGAGAUGUAUAGUAUUUCAUUAUAUUUCUUUUAUCUUUAUUCAACAAUCAACAGUAACUUUCUUUCUUAUGAAGAGGGAAAAUAAAUACUCUGAUCACUGUUCAACAAUGAACAUCUCGGAGGCUGAGCUUUUCGCAACAACAUUCAUAGAAAUGUUGGACAUACUAUUUACCGCCAGGGAUUUAUAGCAGAUGGCUUAACCAACUAAAACUACAUGAAGGGGUUCUGAUCUACUUGUUAUGAGUGAAAUUUUGGUUAUCUUAAUUUUGUUUUGAUAAGUGGCAAGGGCACUUCCAAAUCUCCAAGGUGUUUGCGUCCCACUAAUGGUAAAUUUGUAUCAGACUAAUUUUUAUUGUGCAUUGUGUAUUGACCGUUCAAAUUU